AGUUGAAGGCAGCGUUGAAAUACAGAAGAAUUGUGAACGCGAAGAAGAUACAAGUGACAAUAAUUGUACUUUUACAAUGGAUCCGCUGUCUAUUUGGAAGACAUUCCAAAUCCGAGGUCUCACUGUGAAGGAAUGGGAAGAAAAACUGUCCGUAUUAAGAAAGGAAAAUUUCAGUCUUAAGCUCCGAAUAUACUUCCUGGAAGAAAGAAUGGGAUAUAUGAAUGCCAUCGGCGGUAAGGAGGAUCUUGUGAAGAAGAAUAUCGACUUAAGGGUGGAAGUGGAGGAAUUAAAGAAGGAAGUGUCCGGCAAAGAUGUUCUUAUUUGUCAAGCUGCGAAAGCUUUGGAACUUGCAGAUGAUGAACAUGAAAGAAAACUAAUGAAGACAGGGAAGGAAAGGAACAUCAAGAAAGAGGAGAUGAAAUCAAGAAUACAGGAGUUGGAGACUGAAUUGUCCGAAUAUGAGGACGAGCUGAAAGACUCAACAUUUUUGCAACUUGACUCUUCCGCUUUGAUGACUGAAAUAUUUGGUCUUGGUGCAGCAAAUACUUCUGAUGACCACCAUGAUCAUGAAGAAACAGAAAAGUUCAAGCUGCAUAUUGAAGAGUUAGAAGAACAGGUUCAGCAACUGGAAUUCACCUUACAACAGGAAACAGUUCAUUCAAGUCAGUUAGAGACUGAUCUGCAGGAAGCACAACAAGAAGCUCAGCAUGUUAGUGUACGAUGCCAAGGCCUUGAAUUGGAACUCAAACAGUGCGGCAACAAGCUUGAAGAUCUGGUACAGGAACUGGAUCAGAGAGGGCAGGACCUGGCAGGCUGUAAUCUCCGAAUCAGGACACUUGAAGAAGCACUGAGUGCCAAAGAGCCUGAAAUUCAAAUCAAGGUGCAAGAGCUGUGUGAAAGGGAUCGCAUUAUUGAAGAAAAACAGAGUCAGAUUGAACAGCAGAACAAAGUCCUUGUGGAAAUUCAAAUCACACUGGAUGAGAAACAGCGGCAGAUUGAGGUUCUGAGAUCAUCACUUGCAGCCCGGGAUUCAUCUAUUGCAGACCUGGAAGCCCGACUUGCAAAGGCAAAAGCUAAUGCUCGUAAUUUAGAGGCAAAACUGGAUGCUUCAGUUCAUGAAGCAAAUAGACUUCGAGAAGAGGUUACAACUUUAAAAACUCAGCAGGAGGGCACGAACAAUCACUGUCGAGAACAUAUGCAGCAAGAACUUGAUUUAUUUUCACCCCUAAGGCACAGAAGCAGCAAUUUAUCAAGUAUAUCAGAUGACCUUGCCUCUCCAGGAAGAAGCGUUCAUCAAAGUUCAAAAGAUGAUCACAUUGUAAAGAAAUAUUUGUUAGAACUGAAAGAAAAGGAAGAGAAGCUGAGAACUGUGGAAGAGAGCAACAAAGAAUUAGGAACACAACUUGAAAAAGCUCAGCAGGAAACAGAAGCUUUAGAAGAGAAAGUGAAACAACUAGAAUCUGCGAGGCAGGAUGCUGAACACAAGCUUCAGGAGACUGAAAAGAAGAUGAAGGACAAGGAGAGUAAAUCAAAAAAGUUGGAGGAAGAUCAUCUUAAAACUUGCCAGGCAAUUAAAAGUUUCAUGAGGCGGACAAAGGCUGUGGAUGAAGAAAUUAACAAGCUCAAAUCAGAGUUGAAAAGAAGAGAUGAACGUAUUCAUGACCUGAUGUCAGAGGUGAAUGAAUUACAGGAUGCCUGCGACAAAGCCAAACGGGAAGCUCAUCAACUGCAGGCACAGGCACAGGUGCCUGGUGGUGAAAUGCCAGGAUCUUUCAAAGAUGUUCACGACAUGACUGAGGAGGACCAUGAGCAACUUGAAGAUAUGGACGGAAGCAAUGGCCCUUCGUUUACGAUCCCAAGUCACUUACUGAAGCAAAUCCAUUACCAAAGAGAGAAGCUGGAAUCUUCUCUUUAUCACAACAACUUCAUUCGGCGCCAAUUAGAAGGCCUCAUAUCGAGCUUAAGUAGCCAACGUGGUGAUAAUAUGAGCCUCUGGCGGAAGAUGAAAGAGACAGCUGAACAGUUGGAUGAAGCUCGUCACCACAAUCAGGAACUGGAAACACGGCUGCAGGAAAUUGGAGUGCAGUUGAAAGAGAGCCAAGAGAAAACCAGGCUUGCUAAUGCUGCCACUGAGCAGCUUCAGGUGAUUCAGCAAACAGUGUCCACCCUUCAAGAACAGAUAUCUAGUCUUGAAUCUCAACUCCAGGAGAAGGAUAAUGAGAUAGAGAGAAAGUGCCUAAUGUUGGAACUUGAAAACCAAACAAAGCAACAGAGCAUAGAGACAGAAAAAAUGGUGCAAGAAGCUGUCAGGUUAAAAGAAGAAGCUGAGAGACAGAUUCUGGCUGCAGGAAAUAUGAAGUUAGAAGGCGAUAAUAAGCUGCAAGAGGCACAGAAAUUAAUUACAGAAGCAGAGAAAACAAAAUUUCAGGUCGAGGGCCAGUUGAUGGAAAUAAAGAAGAAAGCUGUGAAUGCCAAGCCCCAGCCAAAAGAUGCUGAAAUUAGGAGUUUGUGUUACAGACAGGAAAAGAAACGAUACUAAGAGAAAAGGAAAUUAUUGAGGAGGAGAGGAAGGCACUUUAGAAAGAAAAAGAAAUGGAAGAAUGUAUGGAAAAAGUUGAAACAUUAGCACAUGAUGCAAAGAAAGAGAAAGAAGAUGCAGAAAUGAGAAUCAAAGUCCAGAUGCUUCGUCAUCCCCAACUCACAUGAAGGCUGGCAGAACGUCUCCUGGCAGUUACUCUUCUGGUCUUGACCUACUGACGGGAGAGAGGGGUUCCCUUCCUAACAGCCCAUGGGGUACUACAGCUACAAUGGAAGCCAAAAUGAAGAUGAGGAACAGUGCAGAGACAGAAGCAGAAGGGGAAGUGACAGUGGUCGCAGCGAAGGGCUUACUGGUCUCUCCAGCCUGGUACAUCAUGGUUUUGGCAUACAACAUAGUGAGCUCUCUGACUACAUGUCUGAGGACCAAGCUCUUGAAGAAUAUGGGGCCAUAUUCACAAAGGUGGGAAAAUGACUUCACUGCAAGCUACUAAUUCAGUUGGGUGUUUACCCUAUUACAAGUUUGUGUUGAUAACAUUUUGACCAGUGCAUAAUUUUUUCAGAGAGUGCAACUGAAGUUGAUAUGUAGUAACACUGUAUGGAUAUUCGUGCCUACAGGAGCCAUGUGAUUCCUUAACGUAGAAAUGAAAAUGUCCUGUGAUAAAACUCCAACCAGUGCAUAAUUAUCAUGGACAGUGUGAUUAAACUUGAAUGCAGUAUGCACAGUAUGAAUAUUUGUGUCUGUGGACUUCACCGCACAGUUUGUUGAUUGAUAUUGAUAUGAUACGCAAGCAACGCAUAAUUUUUGCAAUUGAAGUUUCCCUAUUGCAUUUAACUUCCACAACAUUUAUGCAAAAAUUAUGCUUCAGUCAAAAUUUUGUCAAUGUUAAACUACAGCGUUUAAUUUUUCCCAAAUGAUCUUGUUUAAACUAAGACUGCACAAAUUAUUUGAGUAAAUACAACAGUAUUUGUGAACAAUUCCAUGAACCAGGAUGUCAUCAUCAGUUAGUGACAUCAUCAUUAGAAAGUUGAUAGAUUCAAUUUUCAACAUACUUUCAUUAUUCAUAUACAUACUAAUGGGAAAUUCAGACAUACCAAAGUAACACUUUUCUCACCAAUGGGAUUGGAUAUGUUUGGAUGAUGUAAAUAUAUACAGUAUUAUGAAAUUA